CUCCCGCACGUCAAAAUGAAUCGCUUUCUGAGUACACAGCUCUCAAUCAUCGCGUUUUUCGCAAUUAGCAGUAUUUCGGCAGUUUCUCUGGGCAAUUACCAAGCAGUUCAGAACCAUACUGUUACACAUGACAUUAAGGUAGAGUUGAAGGAAAUUUCGAAUGAUGCAGCUAGACUUCGAGUAUUGGCUUUGGCAUCUCAGCCUUUUCCACUCACUGAAUCGACAACAAGGCGUUCUGCGAUUGUUCGACCUUUCAAUUUGUGGUGGUCCAUUUUUACGCAAUCUCUUUUGCAAUUGAAACGGCUACGUGCUAAGAAAACAGAGGCAACAUUUUCUUUGAGUCCAGAUCAAUCAUCCAUUUCUACUACUACAGCCCCUUACGUCCCCAAAGAAGAUGUAGCUCAUAAUGUUAAUGACAUUGCAGCCGGGCUUGAAGCGAUAUCUAUUGACGCACCUGUAUUCGACUUCCUGCCAUUGGAAUGA